GUAUUCGUCCUAAAAACGAGAACAGCAAAGAACUGGUGGUCACGUCACAUAUAGCCGCACCCAGCGACGUCUUCUGUUCGGUGCCAGGUCGCCUGUCUCUCUUGAGCUCAACUUCCAAGUACAAGGUGACGGUGGCUGAGGUCCAGAGACGCCUGUCUCCGCCGGAGUGUCUCAACGCAUCUUUGCUGGGCGGCGUCUUGAGGAGAGCCAAGUCCAAGAACGGCGGCCGGUCACUGAGGGACAAACUGGAGAAGAUUGGCCUCAGUCUGCCAGCUGGGCGCAGGAAAGCUGCCAACGUCACAUUGCUGACCUCACUGGUGGAAGGAGAGACCAUCCGUCUGGCCCGUGAUUACUCCUAUCUUUGUGAGACUGAGUUCCCGUCCAGGCAGAUCGCAGAGUACAACAGUCGGCACGUCGACCCCAGCGACUGUCACAACAGAAAGAGCAUGCUGAUGGCAGCCAA